CGGCGCCCCUCGGCCAUGGUCCGCUUCAAGAACAGGUACGUGCUGUGCGAGGUGGUCUCGGAGGACUCGCGGUGCCGGCAGUGCAUCGAGGACCGCGCGGUGGGCCUCGCCAUCAGGGACGCCAUCGGGCGGGUGCACGGGGACUACGGCCUCGCCUGCUGCUCCGUCUCUUUCACGGUGAAGUAUCUGAACGCCUACACCGGGAUCGUGCUCCUGCGAUGCCGCAAGGACUCGUACCGGCUGCUGUGCUCCGCGCUCCCCUUUGUCAGGCUGCUGGAGGGCCGGAACCAGCGCUACCCCUGCGCGCUCAACACCCUGCACGUCGGAGGUACCAUAAGAACAUGUCAGAAGUUCCUAAUCCAGUAUAACAGAAGACAGCUGCUGAUGUUGUUGCAAAACUGUACAAACGAAGAGGAAAGACGGUGUGUACAGAAGUCCUUGUUGAGCUGUUCCCUGACAGAAGAGCAGCCUCAAAGUGGAGAUGAGGAAGAUGAUGGCAGCACAGAGACAGACUGAACAGUUGCUUGUUACUUUUUACCUGUCCUGAACUUGGGUCAUCAAGAUGUUGGCAGUUACCUUCAGUGUAAGCAAAGCUAGGAACUGAAAAAGCAUCUACUCAUAUUUAGACUUCAUUCCCUAUUCACAGUGUUGUUAAAUAAAGUUUUUUUUUUAAA